CCCUCCUUCGAAGGUGAUCACCAUCAAGAGUAAAACACACUCCGUGUAGCCCGCCGCCAUGUACACGCACAGAGUGGCACAUCUCCAAUACGCAGUGUGCAUCUCCUGUCCUGGCUGUUAGAUUUGCUGUCGUCUGUGAAAAGCACGGCUGGUGCCUCUCACACCGAAGAAGAGAAAAGCCGCUCGCUCAGACCUGAGAGGGGGGUGUUCAAAUACUUAAAGACCCAGAAAAAAGAAACCCAUCAGCGUGGGCUCAAACGUUUAGGCGUUUUAGUGCGUUUAGGAGGCGUGUGGGUUCAUUGUGUGUGUGUGUUUUUUGUCCACGCGCGUCUUUAUCCAGGCUUCAGCCCUCGCUUUGAGUUGUUGGAGAGCCUGCAGAGGCGAACAUGACAGCCUGACAAUGGUGCAAGGCUGGCUGACAGCAGGAUGAAGCGUUUGGGGCUUUUUUCCAGUCUUUGCGUCUUGACUUUUCAGGAAUGGGCUCUUGUUGGAGCAGUCAGCGAGGAACUCCGGAGGUUUAUUGUCCGUGUUUCGACUUGAAGACGUUCAGAACAUCUGUGCGUGUUAUGGUAAACAUCCGGUGGCUCGUCCAGCCCGCUCUUUGCUCACCUUUCUCCUCCCAUCAGCCGCAGAGCAUCUCUAAUUGGAGGGACUCCGAGCAUCUUAAGUGAUGGAGAAAAUCUUCCACAUCGGACUCUGACUUCGACUCACACCGUUUGCCAGAUCACUGCGGGCCAAAUACGCGAGGCUUCUGUUUCUGAUCGGAUGUUGUUACCUUUAUUUGCUACACCUGCAUUUGUGUAACCCGGUUCGGUCGCAUCGUUUCGUCACAAUGCCGGUGAACGCGCUGCCCCGCGGCGGCAGCAGUGGCUUAGGCGGCCCGGGGUCUCUGAGCCCGGCGUCGCUGUCCCGCAGUCUGUCCCGGCUGAGGGAGUACCGUACCCGGACGAGGAUCAUGCUGGCUCUGGGAGUCUCUCAAAUGGUCCUCGGGAGUCUCAUCCUGGCUGUGAGCUUCGCGGCUCUGGCUCUCACCACAUCACCCAGAGUCCGGCACUCCUGUCCGUUCUGGGCAGGCUUCUCAGUUCUGCUCUCUGGUCUCAUUGGAGUGGUGUCAUGGAAGAGGCCGCUCUCUCUUGUGAUCACAUUCUUCAUGCUGCUGUCUGCAGUUUGUGUGAUGCUAAACCUGGCGGGCUCCAUCCUCUCUUGCCAGAACGCUCAACUUGUCAACUCUCUGGAAGACUGUCAGCUGCUCAAGUUUGACAGCGAUGGAGUCUGUGUAUGCUGCGAGCUACAGAAGCAAAGUUCGAGCUGCAACAGCCUGGGAGAGACACUGAAGCUAAAUCCACUGAGGGACUGCAAUACAAUACGUAUACGUCUCAAGGAGCUGCUUUUCAGUGUAUGUGCCCUUAACGUCAUCUCCACCAUUGUGUGUGCUCUAGCCACUGCAAUGUGCUGUAUGCAGAUGGUCUCGACUGAUGUGCUGCAGAUGUUUAUGCCACACAGAGCUCGAGCCCUGAACGCUGACUGUAUGACCCCCCACGGAACAAUCCUCCACCAAACACUGGACUUUGAUGAGUUUAUUCCUCCCAUUCCCCCACCGCCAUACUACCCCCCAGAGUACACCUGUACCCCCUCAAUGGAUGGACAGAGAGGCUUGCAUCUGGACUUUCCCCAUUCUCCCUUCAGUGCCAUAUAUGGUGUUCCUAUCAACAGCCCAGGCACCCUGUACCCAACUGACCUGCCCCCUCCAUAUGAGUCUGUGGUGGGUCAAACACCUGCCAGCCAGGUUACCAUCAGUAUAGAGCAACAGGCCACUGAGUCCAGUCUGUGUGAGAGAAAUACUACCGCAGGUCUCAGCACUCAGGCCUCAGUGGACAGUGCCUCUCUCAUGGUGUCAGAGGUGGCUGACCAGGACCAGACUUGCUCCUCAGAGGACUUGUGCUCCCUGGAGGUCCAGGGCUCUGACUCCUCUCCCUAUGGCACGCUCCACACUGCCCCCACUGAUGAAAGCUGCACCAGCCUGGAACUUUGUACACGUGAUGCCUCACGUUGCCGCCGUGGCUUGACUAACACUGAUGCUCGCCCUAGUGAUACUGGAUACAGUGAGUCCUCACACACGCAGGAGUCGCUGGAGCGCUCACCUGACUGGUCCUCAGAAAACUUUAGCAAUCUGGACCAAGAGGACUCAGCAGAGAACACACAUCUAUGUGAGGAACUCAAGGCUUCAAUGCACAUAUGCGAUGAGCUGGCCUCAGCCAAGCAUUUACCAGAGGAGCCACCUAAACCCACACCACACACCCUUAUCAAAGCAAGAAUGACAAGCCGGAAGCUCACACUACCGGUUACUAUCCCCCCGCCACCUCAGCCUUGCUCCCCCACCUCUGUGGCUUCCUCUGGUGGAACUUCAGCUAUCAGCCCUUUGGCUGCUUCCCCUUCCCCUUCACCUCCUGCCAGGCCACGCGGCCCAAGGCUGUGUUUCAGUGUUUGGUCACCUUCCUCUGCAUCACAACCCCCCUCUACCUCAGCCCAAAGUGGACACUCACCCUCAGAGAGGCCUCGGGUGCUCCGAGCGGCCAGGAGGUACCGCAAACUGGCACGCAUUGUCCGUUCCACCAGUGACCCUAUCUCAUGCUCCACUAUGACAGGAACUUGUUUUUGUCCCCUGUCUACAGGAGAAAAUUCUGGGUGCACCCCUGGAACUGACCCUGCUACUGAAGAGUUAGCUCAUGCAUCACCAGAUCAGGAGCCAAGGGACAAUUCAACAGAGGUAGUUGGAGGUAAACCCACACAUAUGUCUGCCAGGAAGCAGCAGAAAGAGGGCAAGAAAGUUGACAUCCACCUUAAACCCAGAUCGCUCCACACACACUCCUCCAAUGAACGCCCACACUCCCUGGCUGACCUUAAGAUGUACAAAGACACCAAAAUACUAGUGGCUAAGUUCCUGGAGCACUCGAGCUGCAGUCUACCUCCUGAAGUCCAGCAAGUUGUCAACAACAUCAAGUGUGUCAUUAAAUCGGAUGAGAAACACAUGGAGGAGGCCAUCUUUAGUGCAAAUGUCAUAGAUCAGGUGAUGACCCAGCGCAUCAUAGGCAGUCCCAGAAAGCGUGGGCAUGAGGAUCUUCAUCUCCAGAGCUGCGGCGCUUUGAGUUCAUCACCGUCCCCUUCCAUGCGCCGUCCAAAACAUCUCCCACAAACAUCCACUGCCUGCACCAAUCCACUGCGUUCCCCCUCCUCUGAACAAAGCCUUGAGUGCAGAGAAACUAUUCUCUGACCACUCUCCUAACAAGGACUUGGGUCUAAACUCUGAGGGCAUUCCAGGAUGCUGGUGUUGCAGACAUGCUGCCCUGGGAAUCUGAUGUCUGUGAAGCGCUUAAGAACUCUUUGGGUGUCGUGAGAUCGUUUCUUGAACAAUGUGACUGCAGCACAAAGCUACUGAAAUGCCUUCAUACUGUAUUCCCUAGUGCCCUGUGAGACUGUGCCAAGUCAUCAGCAGAAAUGGUAGCAAACUCAGACUGAGCCUGCCAGUGUCUGUAGUGGCUUAUUUCUCAUCAGAAAAACAAAAGAAUGUUUCUCCCUCAGGGGAUCUUUUCUACUCAGUUUCAUCUCUUAAAAAAGACACAAAUACGCAGCUGGUAAGUUUGGAUCAGUGACUGAAAGACAAAGGAGAUUGUGUAAUCAGUAUUCCUCUUGUCCUCAUAAGAAACAGAGAAAAUACAUGUUUGUAUUAAACUGUGAACUGAAUUGACAGGACAUUGUUUGCAGACUUUGUGGAAUUGUUACUGAUAGGGUGGUGACUAUUUUGUGGUUCAAGAACAUCACAGAUGUGGAUUAUUUAACUUACCUCAUUGUGUUACAAUUCUUAUAUGUGUUACA